AUGCAAUCCACCAUCCAGACUGCAGACAACGAACAAACCCUCCACAUCAACCAAGCAUCCUGUGAACAGGACACCAGGCCCAUUGAGAAAUCAUCACAAGCGUGCUCCUCAAACGGGACACUAAAAGUGAAUAAUUCCCUCCUCACAACCGUCAAUGACUCUUCUCCCUCCACCACCCUGUCCGAGAACGUCUUGUGUCAAUCAAAACCUUGCUGGACGAAAGCAUACUUUGAAAUGCCCCUUCCGGUAGAGUUGAGCCUUGGGAAGGCUACUCUGCCUUCCUCGUACAAAAUUCGAGCUCCAUCUAUGGAUCUCGCUGCAGCCGAAAAGACGCCGCACACGAUUCAUCAACUUUUGCUCGUACUGAACUACCUCUUCAUUUCUGCCAUGCUACCCGGAGAUGAAGGGGCAUUGUGGCGCAUCAUUUACCGCCAUGGAACCGACUGGGAGAAGGGGUUUGUUGUGCAAUACAAUGGACUGAGGAGGUGGUGGAUCGAUGCACGCCAGGUUUUGACCCAAUCUGACGACCUACAUAGCAUGUCCCUAGAAGAUUUGGAGCUUCAAAUCAGGUACAUCCUGUUUAUUCUAGGACAACAUGCAUCGUCUCAUUCAAGCUUCUUUCACACAUGCUAUCAGCGAGAAUAUCCUCCGUAUCGACCGUUUGGGACCAAAGCAAGCGUCGCGUUGCUUUGCUACGCCUUCAUGGGAAUUCAGGCCAAAGAGAUGAAAGGGUACGAGUCCAAGGAGAUCUGGCUGCGAGAGGAGGAAUUUCUUUCAACGAUGGUUUUCCAGCUCAAAGCAUCACCGCUGUUUGACGCCGAGGUCUCAAUACAUCACCUCCAAUCGAUGAUACUGAGUCUUCAAAGAGCCUUCCAGCUGGAGGAAAUCAGAGUCGCCUCGACAAAGCCCCAGAAGGUCGACCUGAGAGAGGAUUCACAAAUGCUGGAGUAUUACCGACGAGCAUUUUUGUCUUUGAACCCGAUGUUAUUACCAAAGAUCUCGAUUGUAGUGCCUGGGGUGGAGCCAACGAUGGGCGUGAGCACACACCGUCUGGCUACUCUGCUCGCAGGAAUCUUUCACGAGGCGUCUCGAAUGGAAGAUUUGGAAGCCGCUUUCAAAAGGGUUCCCGAAAUCCUGCGAUCAAAAUCUGAUAGGAUCAUUGUUACGGAAAUGUUUCAUGUAAAGGCAUUGGGACAGACAUGUGAGCUUGGCGAUCCUUGUGAGUCAUAG